CCGCCCGGCCCAGCCCAGCCCAGCCCAGCCCGCGGCUCGGCCCCAGGGAGCGAUGGCGGCCUCGGUGUUCUGCUGCCUGCGCUGGUGCGGGGACGGCGGCGCCGGGCACAUCCCGCUGAAGGAGAUGCCCGCGGUGCAGCUGGACACGCAGCACAUGGGAACAGAUGUCGUCAUUGUCAAAAAUGGCAGAAGAAUAUGUGGCACGGGGGGUUGCCUAGCCAAUGCACCUUUGCAUCAGAACAAGAGCUAUUUUGAGUUUAAAAUCCAAUCUACAGGGGUUUGGGGUAUUGGAGUUGCAACCCAGAAAGCAAAUUUGAAUCAAAUUCCACUUGGUCGAGAUGUGCAUAGUUUAGUGAUGAGGAAUGAUGGAGCUCUCUACCACAACAACGAGGAGAAGAACAGGCUGCCAGCAAACAGCCUUCCACAGGAGGGUGACAUUGUGGGUAUUACAUAUGACCAUGUAGAAUUAAAUGUAUAUUUAAAUGGAAAGAAUAUGCAUUGUCCAGCUUCAGGAAUCAGAGGGACUGUCUAUCCUGUAGUAUAUGUUGAUGACAGUGCCAUCUUGGAUUGUCAGUUCAGCGAAUUUUAUCACACUCCUCCAACAGGGUUUGAAAAAAUACUCUUUGAGCAGCAAAUCUUCUGAACGUCUUCAUACUGAAAACUUGCACCCCUACACUGUUACAAAGCCUUUGCCAUCUUAAAUAAAGCUUCACAUUUACCUGUAGGAAACACGUGUAUUUUUAGUAAAGUACUUGUGACUGUUGUCUGAAGAACCAAAUUGUUAACUGCAACACCAGAAAAUUGUGUUACAAAUGGUAGAUUUUGACAACCGUUUUGUGAUGUGAAAAUCAGUGUUUUGGGGCAGUUUUUUCUGAUUUGUAUUUGAUGUAAAUGGAAACUAAAGGGUAUAAUUGCCACAGUAUUAAAUGAACUUUUGUUUUCAAUUUGAGCUUUAUAAAGGAAAUAGUUCAUAUGCGUGACAGUAUGUUUCCAUAAAGUUACAGGGGUAGAUAGUUCUCAUUGUGAUUUUUCCUAUUCCUUCCCACUCAGAAGUUAUGUACCUUGUAAAAAGAGAGCACUGUGCUAAUAGUCUGUUUGGAUUGCAAUGUCCUUGUUCUGCACAAUGACUAAUGAUACGAUUGGCAGCUAGAUUUUGUUUUUUCUUUUGAAACAUGUAACCUACCAAUUUCUAGUUGUUAAACAGCUAAUAUUCCUAUUGAGUUUAUAUAAAUCUCAUAGCUUUUCAUUUGCUUUAAGUGUGACAGAAUACUUGUUAGUAACAGUCAAAGUAUUAUUUUGUUGUAUGUAAAAAAAGUAAACCCAAACACCAGAUGUAUUUAUGAAGACCAUCAUGCUGUGUUACUCUGGUGGCAGAGUAGGUACAGAUUGUUUAACUAUGAUUUACACAAUGGCAGGGAAGGUAUGUUGGAUAUUAUGAUGAAUCUUUACGUCUAAACUGUAAAUCAGAUUAUUCUUUAUGGAAUAUUUUAUUUAAAUGUUUUUUUCUGGAUCCAGUAAUAAAAUGAAUAAUGAUUAA